CAUGCAACAAAUGACCUUCUAUUCGAGACUGAGAAGGUGUUGUUCUUUCAAGAAGAUCGUGAAAAUACCAGAUAGAACGUUUAAAAUGGUGCUGUUGUAUAUCUGUGCUCUGACUGUACUCGCUCCUGGAACUGCUCUCUUUACGCUAGCUCAGCUACGCCUUGAGAUCAUGGGCUUUGCUCCUCUUUUACGUGACGGUUCCUGAUAUCCUCCACUCUGAUCCCGAUUUCUGUGUUCUCCUUUGCCAUGCCCUGUACUAUUUAGUUCUCUUCUUGGCCAAAUUUAUGUGGCAAAUAAUUACAUCCUAUUCCACGGAACUGCAUCUGUAUUCGAGUACUUAAAUACCCCGGAUGGCCCCCUUACCUAUCUGCUUCUCUCGAUAUCUUAUCCUGAUAGCCUUCUAUCCACUCAGCCCUUUGACACUGCUGAACUUUAUGCACUGAUUAUGGGUAAAAGGAAGUCUUCCCCCACACACCAAGUCGAAUACUCUGUCCCUCCUUACCAGCUUGAUGCUCCCGACCUUGCACACGUACUCAAUACUGAUCCUGUUACAGGUCUGACUGCUGCAGCUGCCGAAAGCAAAGUUCAGCAGUAUGGCCAGAACAAGCUCGACGAUGAUUCCGGCGUUUCUCUCACCAAAGUCAUUCUUCGCCAAUGCUUGAAUGCAAUGGGCUUCGUGCUCAUUCUCGCCAUGGCAUUGUCAUACGGUGUUAACGAUUACGUGGAAGGCGGAGUCAUAACUGCUGUCAUUAUCCUCAACAUUGUCGUCGGUGUCGUACAAGAGUAUCGCGCAGAGCAAACUAUUGAUUCACUCAAAUCGCUCUCGUCUCCGACCGCAACUGUUCUACGAGACGGCGUUAUCGACCACAUUGCUUCCCUCAACGUUGUGCCUGGCGAUAUUGUUGACGUCAAAGUGGGAGAUGUUAUUCCCGCUGAUCUACGGCUCAUCGACACUAUGAACUUCGAGGCCGAUGAGGCUCUACUUACCGGCGAGUCUCUUCCCGUUCUGAAAGAUCAUAACAUCGUCUUUCCCCCGGAUCAGGACGCGAGUGUCGGUGAUCGUAUCAAUCUCGCAUAUUCAUCAACAACUGUCACCAAAGGCCGUGCGCGCGGUAUUGUCAUCACAACAGGAAUGUUUACCGAGAUCGGUCUAAUUGCCGCCUCCAUUGCCGGAAAGAAUCGCAAGUCUGGUCGAUCCAUGAAUGUUCGCAAAUAUGGUCCCUUGGCUCUUUUCAAAGGUCUAUCCCUGCGUACAUGGGACGCUAUCGGUGUAUUUCUCGGCCUCACCGUUGGAACUCCCUUGCAGCGCAAGCUCACUAUGCUCGCCUACGUCUUGUUGGUGAUUGCAUGCAUCCUAGCACUUAUUGUGUUUGCUGCUCAUGAUUUCAACGCAACUGCUGAAGUCACUAUUUACGCUGUUUCGUUGGGUAUUGCGAUCAUUCCUGAGUCUCUCAUUGCUGUGCUCACAAUCACGAUGGCGGUUGGAAUGAAGCGCAUGUCUAAGAAGCAUGUCAUUGUUCGCAAACUAGAUGCCCUUGAAGCCCUUGGAGGUGUCACCAACAUCUGUUCUGACAAAACUGGAACACUUACCCAAGGAAAUAUGCUUGCACAAUCUGCAUGGAUUCCCGGAACCGGGAGAUAUGAUGUUUCCGGGUCCGAAUCGCCUUUUGACCCAACAUCGGGUUCAGUCACCCUGGAGCCUCUGUCGGGUGAGUGCUCGCGCAGCACUUCUGAUAAUCAAAUUCCAGAAGGUGGCCUCGAGAGGCUGGAUGUUGUUGAGACCAGAGACUCCGAUGCAACGACAAACCCAGAAGAGCUUGACGAGAAGAAGUCUUCUCUUGUACACGUCUCUCCUGCUCAGUCGAUGCCACCAAUCUCGCCGAAUUUUGCAUUAUUUUUAGAAGCUUGCGCUCUGUGCAACCUGGCGACCGUUCGUUUUGACCCGGAGAAAAAAUCAUGGGUUGCAACCGGUGAUCCUACUGAGAUUGCUCUGCAAGUGCUCGCACAUAGAUUUCAGUGCGGAAAAGAGACUCUCAUCAGGAAGGGCUGGACUCAGCUAGCUGAAUAUCCAUUUGAUUCUGACGUCAAGAGAAUGUCAGUGAUCUUCGAGGGACCCUCGCAAUCUGGCGAUCGCGGAGAAGUUGUCGUGCUCUCCAAAGGUGCUGUCGAGAGAAUCAUCAAUCUGUGCCAGUUCGUCGGCGAGGGCGACCAACUUCGACCGCUGAAUGAGGAGAUAUCGCAAGAGGUUCUAGACACCGCAAGUGAGCUAGCUGAUCAGGGUCUUCGUGUACUGGCUAUUGCGCGACGAGUGGAAAUCAAUCCCAAACCGUCUUAUCUAGAUUUUCCUCGGGAGUCUGUCGAGAAGGAAUUCACGCUUCUAGGCUUGGUUGGACUUUGUGACCCUCCUCGAGUGGAAACUAAGGGCGCAGUUGCGCAAUGUGCGGCAGCAGGAAUCAAAAUUCAUAUGCUGACGGGAGACCACCCUAGCACUGCUCAAGCUAUUGCAAAAGAGGUCGGGAUCAUUCCUAACGAUCUCGGCACACUUUCUCCAAGCGUUGCUCGAACUUUGGUUAUGACUGCCUCACAGUUUGAUGCACUUUCCGACAAAGAGAUUGACGAACUGGAGGUGCUGCCCAGUGUCAUAGCGCGUUGUGCUCCGCAGACCAAAGUACGCAUGAUUCAAGCUCUCCACCGGCGAAAGAAAUAUGUGGCUAUGACUGGUGACGGUGUCAACGACUCUCCUAGUCUGAAGAUGGCUGAUGUCGGUAUUGCCAUGGGAAUGGGUGGUUCAGAUGUAGCUAAGGCUGCUUCCGAUCUUGUGCUCACUGAUGACAACUUCGCCUCGAUUGUGUCGGCCAUUGAGGAGGGACGACGGAUGUUCGAUAACAUCCAGAAGUUCAUUCUCCACCUGCUAGCUUCCAACGUUGCAGAGGUUGUUCUCCUUGUACUGGGCUUGAUUUUCAAAGACAGUACUAGUUUCUCGGUUUUUGGACUUGCGCCUUUGCAGAUCCUGUGGAUCAAUAUGCUCACCUCUCCGGGCCCUGCUUUCGGUCUCAGUUUGGAGCCUGCAAGUAAGGAAGCUAUGAGGCGCCCUCCGCAUAACGGAAGAAAAGGUGUGUUUACAUAUGAGAUUAUAGUUGAUACAUUUAUCUAUGGUCUGGUCAUGGGUGGUUGCUGCUUGGGAGCGUUUUGUAUCGUUGUCUACGGAAAGGGAGACGGAAAGCUGGGAGACGACUGCAACGAGUCAUACAAUGAUACUUGUGACGUCGUUUUCAGGGCCCGCGCAGCUGUGUUUUCGCUUCUUACAUGGCUUAUCCUCAUCUCUGCUUGGGAGUAUAAGAAUCUUCGCCGGUCGCUGCUCCGAUUGAAUAUCGACAGCACUUCGAGGUUCCCCUUUUUCAGAGACAUUUACGCAAACAAGUUCCUAUUCUACUCGGUCAUGCUUGGUAUGGUAUCCGUCUUUCCCGUGAUCUACAUCCCCAAGCUUAACAGCGACGUCUUUAAGAUGAAGCCAAUCACCUGGGAAUGGGCCCUUUCGUUCUCUGGACUGAUUGUGUUUAUCCUCGUCGUUGAGUUCUGGAAGGCAGUUAAACGCAAAAUGGGCUGGUUCGCGUACAAAUCACCUAAUAGAGCGGAAAGUAACAUUUUUGUUUGAGAAACUUAUCAUUGGUGUUUUGUCAUUUGUUGCAAUUUUUUUUCGAAGUAUGGGUACUGGGCUGCGGGUCAUAUAUAUAUUGUUUAUUGGGGUAGACUGUGUAGUUAGUUCAGUAACAUUGCGUUUUGAGUUCACAACCAUAGUCACAAUAAGGCGAAGUUGAAAAACCGAUAGUAUUUAGCCAUGCAAAUAUCUUUGUCGAUCAAGAGCUCAACAUUCAGUAGAAAGUUACAAAUCAGCA